AUGCGAGAGUAGAGGCAAGACUCCAGGCCACCAGGCUCACCUGUUCCUGCAGCAAUGUCUUCCCAGCAGCAUCAGCAGCAGCAGCUGCCCCAGAAGGCCCAGCAGCAGCAGGUGAAACAGCCCUGUCAGCCGCCGCCUGUCAAAUGUCAAGAGACCUGUGCACCCCAAACCAAGAAUCCAUGUGCUCCCCAGGCUCAGAAGCAAUGCCCACCCAAGAGCACAGCUGCCCCUGCCCAGCAGAAGUGCCCCAUGGCCCAGCAAACUCCCAAGAGUAAAUAG